AUAAAAAAAAUUAUAAAUCUAUCCAAAGGAAAAACACAAUGAAGGUCUUUAUUAGCAGAACAACGAAGAAACCCUUCAGAGCGCAGAAGAGAAAAAACAAGGCCUACUCGACCUUCAUCUACAAGAUCCGGAGAGAGGGUGAMGGCAUCCCCACCAUGGACUGUUUGUUGGUGAACCAGUCUACCUGCCCACGGAGGGUGCUGGUCCGUCUGGUCGGCUCCGAGGCCGCCCGCCUGUCACGGCUCAACAGGAGGAAAGUCAUCACCCAACUAGAGGUCCACACUGCCAUGGCGCGGCUGAGACAGGGCAGAAAACAUGCCAGGCAACCGGGCGCCUGAAUGGUCUUAUGGACACUUUGAAUUUUAUGUGUAUUUAAUAAAGAUGUCUUGUUUUUA